CUCACAGUAAGGGGGCGCUAUGGGGGCCAAGCAAACCAAAGGACAAGAUUCGGCAGAGCCCAGUCCCCAACACAGCUGGAAGAGGACCCCUACCAAGGAGCGUGGGAACGACAUACUGGCCUCUCUGAUGCUGAAGUCUGGGGACAGGCUGAACCGAAGCGGGAGCCCUCCUCCUCCUUACCAGAGACGCAUCGGGAUGAUACAGGAGAUGAUGCUAUUAGCCAAACAGGGAAAGCAUGACGAGGCUACGGAGAUGCUCAGGACGCUUCGACAGGACCUGGGGAUGGAGUCAACUUCUCUGGACGAUGUUUUGUACCGAUAUGCAAGCUUCAGGAACCUGGUGGACCCCAUCACUCAUGACCUGAUCAUCAGCCUGGCCCGCUAUGUGCACUGCCCCAAGACGGAGGGUGACUCACUGGGAGCCAUGGAGAAGGUGUGUCGUCAGCUGACCUACCACCUCAGCCCUCACUCUCAGUGGAGGAGACAAGGGCUACUCAAGAGGAAGCCCCAAGCCUGCCUGAAGGCCGUCCUGUCCGCCCCUCCCUCCAGCGGGACGUUGGACUUGUCUGGGAUUCCCCUCAGUGCACGGGACAUGGAGCGGUUGUGUGCCCACCUCCAGCGUCACUCCCCCUCUGUGGUGAGUCUGGAGCUGGGCUUCACAGAGCUCACAGAUGAGGCGUUUCUACUGCUGCUGCCCACCCUUGCCGCUUUGCCCCGACUGGAGACUCUGGCUCUGAACGGGAACAGGCUCACACGAGCGAUUCUUAAGGAGCUUACAGAUGCGCUCAAGGACCCCAGCAGCUUCCCAAGUGUGACAUGGAUUGACUUGGGUAACAACGUGGACAUCUUCUCUCUGCCUCAGCCUUUUCUGGUGAGCCUUCGGAAGCGCUGUCCCAAACAAGGCAACCUCCCAACAAUCCUGGAGUUUGGGGAAAGCCAAGCCAGUGACCCCCCUGAGCGAGUACGUGGUUUGGGGGAGGAGGAGGAGACCGACGACACCAACCGUACCGAAAGCAUGGGCGACUUACGAUCCGAAGUAGAUGCAGAAAUGGAUGGGGAGACAGAGAUUGAAGAAAUGAUGGAGGAAUUGUUGGAUUUUGACAGAGAAACACAAGGUAGGGACGAAGACGAUGAUAGCAUGUGGACAGUAGAGGAGCAGAGAAAAGUGAUUUGCCGAAGGAGACAAAUUCACGACAGUCCCAGAAAAGAGGCUAAAAAAGCAGAAAUAGAUGACGAGGAGGACACGCACAGCCGCUCCUCCCACAUGUCCUGCUCCAGUCAAUCGCAGCACUCGUUGGGGCCAGCUGAGCCAAUGAGAGUGGAGAUGGAGGACUUAGAAGAAGCCACAGAUCACUCAGAGUAUUUGACCUGAAAACUUGUAGGUGGUCAGUUUGGCUGAGAUUAAUGUCCUGUCCUAAAAGGAAAGGAAAGGUUAAAUCCGUACAAAACUGGAUAGUUCCUCACUGUUCUUACAGCAGCCGAUCAAGGUGAAGAAAGGACAUCCGCCAAUCAAACUGUUGUUCUAGGAAAAUAAAGGGAAUACUGUAUUAUGAAGAAUUAUACAUAAAAAGGAUUAAAGGGACUAUAUGUAGGUUGAAAAGCCAAUUCAGAAAUAGACGGUAGUGUAACAAAAUAAGGUUUAUCAACAAAUGUAACUUUAAAAUAUUCACAAUCAGGCAUAACAUAUUUAGAAGGGGGCACUCAAAAAGCUAGGAGGAUUAUCACUCCAUAGUUACAUCUACUAGUAGAAAAUACAAUGUAAGACUGCAAGGGAGGGCUGUCAAAAGUAUCGAAAAUCAGAUACUAAUCGAUACUAAAACUAGUAUCGAAACUCGAUACUUAUCUGGGCAGGUAUCGAUACAAAAAAAGUAAAGUCAACAGAACAGAAAUGAACCUUUCCUGAAUAGCUUUGGAAUGAUCUUGAGCCAUAUCAGAAGUAUAAGACCACAUAGACUAGUAUAUGCUCAUGGACCACUAUAGAAUAUACCUGAACAACUGAGGGAUUACACAGAUAUAAUACCACAUGGUAACAUGUGUAAAGUACUAUGAUUUAAAGUUGAAAAUCACAUUCUAUUGUCUAAAGAAAGUUUUUUUAUUAUCAUCGUGAAAGGAAUCAAAUCUAUCCCUUAGUUUUGAGUUGGAAAUUUUAGUAUCGUGACUACACUAACAUUAAGUAAUCAUUUUGUAUCAUGUUAGAAGCUGCAAAAAUGUGUGCCUGUAAUGAAUUUAUGGGUAAAUUGGUGAAUUUAUGGGUAAAUUGGCAUGACGACACUGUGAGUUGCUCCCAGUCAGCAAGGGUCUUGGAGUGGAGUGGUGCAAGGAAGGAAUAAAAAAUCCAACAGACAAGCUACUAUAACUGAAAUUAGAGAGAUUUUUGUUUGUUCUUAAUCAAGUUUCAUUUCAGGUUUAAUGUAGGACAGUUGCUCACAUAAAGAUUAUUUAGACAGGUGGUGCUAUGUUAUGCCUAAAUUGUGUUCAAAAUUUAAACCAUAUCAGUACACAAGAGCAGUGGUGGAAGAAGUACUCAAUUUUGUUACUUAAGUAAAAGUACAGAUAUCAGGGGGAAAAAAUACUCCAGUAAACGUAAAAGUAUCACAUGAAAAUAAAAGUAUUAGUAUCUGUUUUUAUUUGUAUAUUUUUGUUUGCUC